CCACCAGCUGCUGCUGCUGCUGUCAGCGUUUCACCAGGAACUUGACCGGGCACAGGCGGGGUUUCAUCAAAGAGAUGGGCUGCAAGGGACUUGUUAGUUUUGGACAGCAGUUGGUUCGUCGGAAAGUGGUGGACUGCACAAGUGAGGCCAGCCGGCUGUCGCGAUGCCUCAACACCUUCGACUUGGUUGCCCUUGGCGUAGGCAGUACGCUUGGGGCAGGAGUCUACGUCCUUGCCGGGGCAGUGGCUCGAGAAAACGCAGGACCUGCCAUUGUCAUCUCUUUCCUGAUUGCUGCUCUGGCUUCUGUGCUGGCUGGACUUUGUUAUGGGGAAUUUGGUGCCAGAGUCCCAAAGACUGGAUCUGCUUAUCUCUAUAGCUAUGUGACAGUCGGCGAGCUGCUGGCCUUCAUCACGGGAUGGAACCUCAUUCUCUCCUAUGUCAUCGGGACAUCAAGUGUGGCCCGAGCAUGGAGCGCAACGUUUGACGAACUCAUAGGCAAGCACAUUGGGAUGUUCUUCCAACAAUACAUGUCCAUGAAUGCUCCUGGUAUUCUAGCAAAAUACCCAGACGUCUUUUCUGUUUUCAUUAUCCUAAUCUUAACAGGACUUCUAACUUUUGGUGUGAAAGAAUCUGCAAUGGUUAACAAAGUGUUCACCUGUAUCAACGUCCUUGUCUUGGGCUUCGUGAUAGUGUCGGGGUUUGUGAAGGGAUCGAUUAAACACUGGCAGAUCCCAGAAAACAUCUCGGAUCCUUCACACAAUGAAACCAUUCCAGAACAUGGUGUUGGUGGGUUUAUGCCCUAUGGAUUAUCUGGAGUUCUUUCGGGGGCAGCAACAUGCUUUUAUGCAUUUGUGGGAUUUGACUGCAUUGCCACCACAGGUGAGGAAGUGAAAAAUCCCCAGAAAGCAAUUCCAAUAGGAAUCGUUGCAUCGCUUCUGAUUUGCUUUGUUGCAUACUUCGGUGUGUCGGCUGCUCUUACCCUCAUGAUGCCUUACUACUUGUUAGAUAAAAACAGCCCCCUGCCUGUUGCUUUUAAGUAUGUGGGAUGGGAUGGUGCAAACUAUGCAGUGGCUGUUGGUUCACUCUGUGCCUUAUCCACAAGUCUCCUUGGAUCCAUGUUUCCAAUGCCAAGAGUUAUUUACGCUAUGGCAGAAGAUGGACUACUGUUCAAGUUCUUGGCUCGUGUUAAUGAGAGGACAAAGACUCCGAUGGUGGCUACAAUAACAUCGGGAGCUAUUGCAGCUGUCAUGGCCUUUCUAUUGGACCUAAAGGAUCUUGUAGACCUUAUGUCCAUUGGGACACUUCUUGCUUACUCCUUGGUGGCUGCCUGCGUGUUGGUACUAAGGUACCAACCAGAGCAGCCGAACUUGGCCUACCAGAUGGCUAGUACAAAUGAUGAGGCAGACAACAAUGAGUCCGUGAGCACCAGUGAAUCUCAGACUGCGUUUCUGCCUGAAAAGGGAGAGAAGUUCUCCUUAAAAGCUGUUUUCCGCCCCCCAAAUACUGAUCCUUCCAAACUCUCUGGGUCUGUAGUAAAUGUCUCCUCCUGCAUCAUAGGUGUUCUUAUCGUCACCUUCUGUAGCUGGAGUGUCCUUGGCAAAGGUGCUCUGAAGAACGGGACCCCGUGGGCUAUUGCUUUGCUUGUGGUCGUUUUCCUCCUCUGCUUCUUCUUCACAGUGGUUAUCUGGAGACAACCUGAAAGCAAAACCAAGCUCUCGUUUAAGGUCCCCUUUCUUCCCGUCCUUCCGAUCUUGAGCAUAUUUGUGAAUGUUUAUCUCAUGAUGCAGCUGGAUGUUGGCACAUGGAUACGAUUUGCUAUCUGGAUGGUGAUAGGUCUGGUUAUUUAUUUUGCCUACGGCAUGUGGCACAGUGUGGAGGCGUCCUACUCGGCACCGAUGGAUGCAGAACGAAGUACGGACAACAACGUGGACAGUUGCAAAUGAUUGGCAGCCUGGUUGUGCUAAAGGACACCUGAGAGCAUCCUCUGCAGGGAAGGGUGCUUUCCUCUCUGGGACCCUGAAGUAUUUUGUUCUGUGGAGUAUCAGGUGGGCUUCCGUGUCCCACUGCUGCCCCUUGCAGCUUGCUUUUACCUUGGUAGUACAGUUAUAAGGGAUCACAAGGAAAAAGCCAGGCCUCUGGCACACUUCCAACAACACUGUUAUCUGAUGCUGGCAGCUCCCCCUCCCUUGUCA